CUAUACAAGUAGAGGGGUCUAUAUAAAGAGUUGCUGAAGUGCAGGUCUUCAGUACAACUUGGCUUGAUACCACUCGCAGACAGACCUACGAGGUUUUGAACCCCCUUGACUGACAACAUGACGAAAACGUAUUCCGUUGCGUGGCUAUCCCAAAGCCACCACACUACAUCAACUAGGCAGCAGUGUACAGGAGAGAACAUGGGUACAGCUUUCAAACCUCAUAUUCCUUGCUUGGUUCAGCCUCGUCCGCCCACAUCACACAACAAAGAAUCCUUACAACCAAAAGCAAGCAUGAAGAAAUGCUCUCAAGAUAUGGAGGAGGCAAAACCCGAACCGGAGGCAGAUUCGCCUUUCAGGCUCUGUCGAUCUUCUUCCCCGACCUUUUCAGAAAGUAGCGGAGAGUCUUCUGGUUAUGAAAGCGAAACUGUUGUAUCAAAAGUAUCAUCUCUAGAAAUAAAAGAUGUAGAAAGUGAACCCAGUGUCAUUCGAAGAAUGCGAACAAAAUUCACAUCAGAUCAGAUUUACAAACUGGAGAAAACCUUCACUAAGCACAAGUACUUGGGUGUUUCUGAAAGACUCAAAGUGGCUGCAAAACUACAUCUCUCUGAAACUCAGGUGAAAACGUGGUUCCAGAACCGAAGAAUGAAACUAAAGCGUGAGAUGCAAGAUCUGCGUCCAGACUUCUUGAGCCCCGCUCUAAUGCCUCAAAUGAUGUACCAGCCCGUUUCUUCUCUCCAGCACUUCAGCUACCCUGUGCAGCAGCUUGCAGUUCCCAUUGGCACUGCAGACAACCUGGCAGCACACCGUCUAUAUCCAUCCUUCAACCAUCGUGCCUCUAUGCAACAAAUGGCAUUCCCUCAGCCACCACUCCACCCUCUGCUGCUGGCUUCACAAUAUUAUUGAGGACUAUUAUACAUGAUAAUAGAAUUUUCACCUGUCUCCUUACCUAAAUGUUAAGGUCUUACUAAUUUUUACACGUGCUUGCUACACAUCUACACGUCUCAGACAUUGAUUUCGCAGAAUUAGUAUUGUAUAAAAUCGAUAGUGAAUGUGAAUUUUACAUGAAGAGUGCAUAUGUUUGUUCACACAUGUUGCAAUAUAAACGCAAUGCACUUUUGU